AGAAGGAAGGAGGGAGGUACAUCGAAUCGCCGCUGAACGUAGAUAAAGUUUGACGUUAUUUGAAUAUGUGUACAUUGGGGGGCCAUUGACAUGCGAUAGCAAUUAUAAUUCGUAUGUUAUAAUAAUCAAGGUCUUUGCUAGCGUCUCCUCUUUUUUUAUCUUGACUCUAAGAGCGAUGAGCAUGUGCGCUCCACGGGAGGCUUCUUUCAAUGCCAAUAAAACAGAAACUCGAUUUCCUUGUUCUAACCUACUCCGUCGCUCCGCCGCGAUACAUCACCGCGCAGAUGUUGCGAUUUUGCCCAUUGAGCCUGAAAAUAAUGGAAAAGUCGAUAGAUAUUCGACCCGCUGUGCGGGAGGACAGCAUAGAGAUUUGGAAUCUUAUCCAGGAAUUGGCUGAAUUUGAGGAGAUGCCAGAUGGUCCAAAGAUAGAUUACGAUGUUUUAGAAAAAGAUGGCUUCGAUGGUGAAAAUCCACUUUUUAAAUGUUACGUGGCAGUUUGCGAUAAUAAAAUAAUUGGCUAUGCAUUGUACUUCUAUAUUUAUUCAACAUUGAAUAAGAAAAUUGUGCAUUUGGAAGAUCUCUAUGUUACUCCAGAUUAUCGUCAGAAAUACGUAGGCAGUCGGCUUUUUCAUGCUAUUGCCAAGAGAACAUUCGAUGAAAAUUGUCAGUACUUGGACUUUUCAGUUUUAAGCUGGAAUCCGGCGCAAAACUUUUAUAAAGCUAAAGGAUCCAUUGAUUUAACCGAAAUGGAAGGAUGGCACAUGUAUCGUUUGAAUUGUCAUACUCUACAAAGCAUAGCAUCGAACUGUGUAAGCGAUGUGUACCAAGUGCACGACGCAAGAUUAGAGGAGUUCGAUUCGAUUAAGAGAUUAGCGGAGGAAGCAUUCGAGUCCCGGAGAGUCAGAAACGAGUCCAAAACGAAUGAAAUAUCCAUAGCGAUCGAAGAAAACAAUGACUUUGAUAAAAAAUGCCCCUAUUUUGGAUAUAUAGUCGUAGCUGUUAAUAACAGAGUGGUUGGUUAUGCGCUUUAUUGCUACACGUAUUCGACAUGGGAAGGAAAGUCAAUGUAUCUUCAAGAGUUUUAUGUAACUUUGAACGAACAUAAACUAAACAUGACAAACGAUCUAUUAUCUGCAGUAGCGAAGAAAGCUCACGAUGAAAAGUGUUCGAGAAUUGAUUUUUGGCUCUUGGAUCCAAAGAAAGCCGGACGAUUUUAUACAUCAAAGGGUGCUAUCGAUCUAACUGAAAAUGAAGAAUGGCAUUUAUACAGACUGCUCGAACUCCCAAAGAAGUCGUCAUUAUGAUAAUUUUAAUCAGUUACUAUUAGCUUAUCUUAAUUAUUUAUUAUUUAAGAAAC